AAAAAACAAGCGAAAUCCAUAAGCCGAAAAUUACGAGGAAAAACAAAAACAAAAUCCCUUAGGGCACAACAUCAUCGGGAACAGCAUAAAUCGAGGAAAUUCUCCGGCUAAAUCAAUCAAUCCCUCUUACUGGUAUGCAGAAAGUUUGAGAAUUUGGGGUUUUUAGGUCUUGGAUUGGGAAGAGGCCGAUUUUCUCCAAUCUCGGAUCUCCUUGAGAGUUCAGACUCUUGAUGAGGUUUUAAUUCAGUUGAAAAUUGGUGAAAAUGGGCUCAGAUCAAAGUUUUGUUCGAUUGGAUACAUUAGAGAUAAAAGCCCUCAUCUUUCGGAAAAUUGGGCAUCAAAGAGCAGAGAAGUACUUUGAACAGCUCCGUAAGUUCCUUACAUUGAGGGUCUGCAAGUCUGAUUUUGAUAAGUUCUGUCUUAAGACGAUCGGUAGGGAGAACAUCCCUCUUCACAACCGUCUAAUCCGUUCCAUUGUCAAGAAUGCAAGUGCUGCGAAAUCUCCUCCGCCAAGAAACCUGAGGAGAGCUGAGAACAAUUUCAGAUCCGGGGCCGGGAAUCAGAAGAAUCAUGUUCAGUCUCUUUACGGGGAUUCUCCCUUUCCUCCUUCGCCUCCCAAGUGCAGGUCGAGGAAGUUUAGAGACCGACCAAGUCCACUUGGACCGCUUGGGAAGCCUCAGAGUAUUACCACUACGAAUGACGAGUCCAUGUCAAAGGCACAGAGUGCCACUGAAUUGCUUUCUCUAGGUAGCAGACCUCCAAUGGAAGUUGCCUCUGUCGAGGAAGGAGAAGAGGUUGAACAAAUGGCGGGAAGCCCGAGCGUUCAGAGCAGAAGUCCCGUUACAGCUCCUCUUGGUGUGUCGAUCAAUCAUAGAACCGGAGCUAGAAAGUCUGUUUCCAAUGUAUCCAUAUGUAGCAGUAGUAGUAUCAACCUCGAGACGUGUCAGAACAGAGGGGAGCUACCCGAUACUAGAACACUGAGGAGUCGAUUGGAGAGGAAGUUGGAGAUGGAAGGGCUAAGAGUUUCAAUGGACAGUGUUAGUCUUCUGAAUAACGGAUUGGAUGCAUUUUUGAGAAGACUGAUCGAGCCCUGUUUGAAUCUGGCCCGUUCUCGGCAUGGAGAUGAACCGUCCAGAGAAAUGAACAGCCAGCUCGUUGGGAAUGGCCGGUACAUGCAGCAGCAACCGAAAAGGUUAUCUUACAUAUCGAUGCUUGAUUUCCAUGCUGCAAUGGAGUUGAAUCCUCAGGUUCUUGGAGAGGAAUGGCCUAUACAUCUCGAGAAGAUCAGUUCUCGUUCUUCGGAAGAGUAGAGGCUUAUCACAUGAAACCGGUUUCGCAUUUGAGCGACAAGUUUGAUAUUUGACCGGAAAUUCUUUCCUGGAAUUCGGAUCUGGGUUGGCUUUCUCCAAAUAACCGCCAUUGGAGAGUUCUUGAGGUGUGGAAACAAGCAAGGGGUGUAUAAGUUCUGGUAUUGAGGUUUUAAGUAGAUAUUGGAUCAUUUGUUUAGCUGAUUUCUUCACUUUUAUGUUUUUUGCUUUUUCCUUUUCUUUCUUUUAAUGUAACAAAUUUUGAAUGGAAAAGCAAAUAGCAAAUUCUAUCCGUUUCUCA